GAUGGCCACCAGCAGGCGGAGCAGGGACAGUGACCACUCCAGGAUUACAUCUUUGUUUAUCAUACGCGGAUGAAGCGCAAGGCAGGAAAAUAUCAGUAAUAUCAGCUGAUAAAAACCUCCCCGUGUCCCUGAUCCCCCCCACUCCUUCUGCCCCGUCCCCUGCGAUCCCAGCGAAACAGGGACACCGCCACCACCGACAGCCUGGAGUUGGCUUAUUCUUCAAGAAGCCUCUGAAGAUGAACAUGGUGAAGAGGAUUAUGGGGCGACCUCGGCAGGAGGAGUGCAGCCCACAGGAUAAUGCACUGGGCCUUAUGCACCUACGCCGCCUCUUCUCAGAACUCUGCCAUCCUCCACGACACAUGACCCAGAAAGAGCAGGAAGAGAAACUCUAUAUGAUGCUGCCUGUCUUCAACAGGGUGUUUGGCAGUGCUCCACCCAGUACAAUGACAGAGAAGUUUUCAGAUCUCCUGCAGUUUACAACACAGGUGUCCAGAUUAAUGGUGACGGAAAUCCGAAGAAGGGCCUCCAAUAAAUCAACAGAGGCUGCAAGUCGUGCAAUAGUUCAGUUUCUGGAAGUUAACCAGAGUGAAGAGGCGAGCCGAGGGUGGAUGCUGCUUACUACUAUCAACUUACUUGCAUCUUCUGGACAGAAAACAGUGGAUUGCAUGACAACAAUGUCUGUACCCUCAACUCUGGUCAAGUGUCUGUACCUUUUCUUUGACCUUCCACAUGUGCCUGAUGUUCCUGGAGCUUCUCAAACAGAAGUUCCCCUGGCUGAUAGAAGGGCUUUGCUUCAGAAAGUCUUUGUGCAGAUCUUGGUGAAACUCUGUAGUUUUGUUUCUCCUGCUGAAGAACUCGCACAGAAAGAUGACCUGCAGCUCCUUUUUAGUGCAAUAACAUCUUGGUGCCCUCCUCACAAUCUUCCAUGGAGAAAAAGUGCUGGAGAGGUAUUGAUGACCAUAUCACGGCAUGGCCUCAGCGUCAAUGUGGUCAAGUACAUUCAUGAAAAAGAAUGUUUAGCCACAUGCAUACAAAAUAUGCAACAGUCAGAUGACCUUUCACCCCUUGAGAUUGUUGAAAUGUUUGCUGGCCUUUCUUGCUUUUUAAAAGACUCAAGUGAUGUAUCACAAACUCUUCUGGAUGAUUUCCGGUUAUGUCAAGGGUACACGUUCCUCUGUGAUCUGAUGCUGAGGCUUGAACAAGCAAAAGAAGAUGAUUCAAAAGACGCUCUUAAAGACUUAGUAAACUUGGUGACAUCACUGACAACAUAUGGUGUUGGUGAACUGAAGACCACUGGUGUUACUACAGGAGCCCCUUUCCUCCUUCCAGGAUUUGCUGUUCCUCAGCCAGCAGGAAAAGGGCACACAGUGAGGAACAUCCAGGCUUUUUCAGUUCUUCAAAAUGCCUUUCUAAAAGCAAAAACCAGCCGACUCACUCAGUUUAUCUUAGAUGCCAUUUCAAACAUCUACCUGGCAGAUAAUGCCAACUACUUCAUCUUGGAAUCCCAACACACUUUAUCACAAUUUGCAGAAAAAAUUUCAAAGCUGGCGGAAGCACAGACAAAAUAUUUUGAACUCUUAGAGUUUGUGGUGUUUAGCCUGAACUAUAUUCCUUGUAAAGAGCUUUUUAGUGUGAGUGUUCUUCUGAAAUCAAGUACCUCUUACCAGUGCAGCAUCACCGCAAUGCGGACUCUGUUAAAAUUCACACGUCAUGACCCAAUCUUCAGAGAUGUAUUUAGGGAAGUGGGAUUAAUGGAGGUUAUGGUCAAUCUUCUACACAAGUAUGCUGCACUUUUGAAGGACCCCACUCAAGGCCCAAAUGAACAAGGUGAUUCAAAGAAUAACUGCAUAAUGGAUGACCAAAAGCAGUUAGCAUUGCUUGUAAUGGAGACUUUAACAGUUCUUCUCCAAGGAUCCAAUACAAAUGCAGCUGUCUUUCGUGAAUUUGGAGGUGCCAGGUGUGUACACAACAUUGUGAAAUACCCACAAUGUAGAGAACAGGCCUUGAUGAUUAUCCAGCAGCUGGUUUUGUCACCUAGUGGAGAUGAUGACAUGGGGACCUUAUUAGGACUGAUGCACUCUGCCCCACCUACAGAACUGCAGCUCAAAACAGACAUCCUGAGAGCACUCCUUGUGGUUCUGCGUGAAAGCCAUCGGACCAGGACAGUUUUCCGGAAGGUUGGAGGCUUCGUUUAUGUCACGUCUUUGCUUGUUGCCAUGGAGAGAUCCUUGUGCUGCCCUCCAAAAAGUGGCUGGGAAAAAGUUAACCAAAACCAAGUUUUUGAGUUGCUACACAUGGUUUUCUGCACUUUGACUGCAGCAAUGAGAUAUGAGCCUGCUAACUCACACUUUUUUCGCACUGAGAUUCAGUAUGAGAAGCUGGCUGAUGCUGUGCGGCUUUUGGGCUGCUUUUCCGACUCAAAGAAAAUCAGUCCUGCUACAGUCUUCCCUUCCAAUUCCCAGCCUUUCCAGAGGAUGCUAGAAGAUGAUCUGAUCACGAUUGAUAGUGUGUCUCCCACCCUAAGACAUUGCAGUAAGCUCUUCAUCUACCUGUAUAAGAUGGCCACAGAUUCUUUUGACAGUCGUGCUGAGCAGGUUCCUCCUUGCCUGACACACGAGACCUCCCUACCCUCUCCUUGGGGGACACCAGCUCUGUCCAGAAAAAGACAUGGAUAUCAUGUAGUGUCAGCUUCUGUGCCAAAUGUGCCCCUCAAAGGAGUUGGUGAAUUAAAGGUGAAUUCAGGGAUUGUGCCUCUUUCAUCUGAUUUGGUCAUCAUACACCCUGGAGCCGUACUCGCCACGCUUGAUUUACUUGCCUCUGUCAGCUCAGAUGUCCAACCAGAGCAUGCACUUGAUCUCCAGCUAGCAGUUGCAAACAUCCUGCAAUCACUAGUGCAUUCAGAGAGAAACCAACAGAUCAUGUGUGAAGCAGGACUUCACUCAAGAUUGCUACAACGGUGCAGUGCUGCACUUGGCGAUGAGGAACAUCCUCUGCAUCCACCAUUGCAAAGAAUGUUUGAACGCCUGGCAUCACAGGCUUUACAGCCAAUGGUCCUAAGGGAGUUUCUUCGACUUGGAAAUCCAUUGAACUGUGGCGCAUGGGAUAAGAAACUCUUAAAACAAUACAGAGUUCACAAACCAAGCUCAUUAAGUUAUGAGGCUGAAAUGAGAAGCAGCAUGACAAUGUCAAUGGAGGGAUUUGGCCCUGACAGUGUGUUUGCUGUGAAUGAAGAUAACAACCACUACAGGAUAAGCAGAAGUCUGAUGAGAUCACCAGAAGGAAGCACAGUGCCUCUGACCAGAGUGAAGUGCCUGGUAUCCAUGACAACUCCACAUGAUAUCAGGCUUCAUGGCUCAUCAGUCACCCCGGCCUUUGUCGAAUUUGACACAUCUUUUGAAGGUUUUGGUUGCCUUUUUUUGCCUAGCCUGGCUCCCCAUAAUGCACUCUCAAACAAUACCACAACUUCUGGAGUCAGUGAUGGAGCUGUAGUCAGUGGAAUUGGAACUGGAGAAAGGCUCUUCCCACCUCCAUCAGGCUUGACUUACUCGACGUGGUUUUGUAUUGAGCGGUUUAGUACUCCACCCAAUAAUCACCCUGUCAGACUGCUAAACAUAGUUCGGAGAGCAACUUCAUCAGAGCAGCACUAUGUUUGCCUAGCAAUUGUUCUUUCUGCAAAGGACAGAUCUCUCAUAGUUUCUACCAAAGAAGAACUGCUUCAGAAUUAUGUGGAUGAUUUUAGUGAGGAGUCAUCAUUUUAUGAAAUUCUUCCCUGCUGUGCUCGUUUUCGAUGUGGUGACCUUAUUAGUGAAGGUCAGUGGCACCACCUAGUGUUGGUGAUGAGCAAAGGUAUGCUUAAGAACAGCACAGCAACAUUGUAUAUGGAUGGGCAGCUUGUCAGUACUAUCAAGUUACAUUAUAUCCACAGCACCCCUGGAGGUUCAAGUUCUGUGAACCCCCCUGUUGUCAGUACUGUAUACAGUUAUAUUGGUACUCCUCCUGCCCAGCGCCAGCUUUCCACCUUGGUGUGGCGUCUUGGACCCACACACUUCCUCGAAGAAGUUCUUCCUGCUACUAGCAUUUCCACUAUUUUUGAGCUUGGACCAAACUGUGUUGGGAACUUUCAAGCUGUCUACCUCCCAUGUAAAGAUGCAAAGGCUGAAUCUACUUCACCAUCAUCAGUGGCCUUAGUACCAGAGGAGAAGGUGUCAUUUGGACUUUCUGCUCAUUCUGUGUCAUCACUCACUGUAGCCAAAAUUAGAAAGGUUUACAAUAAACUAGACAGCAAAGCAAUUGCCAAACAGUUGGCUGUUUCUUCUCAUGAGAAUGCCACACCUGUGAAACUGUUACACAACACAGCAGGGCAUCUAAAUGGGCCAGCACGUACUGUGGGUGCAGCUGUCAUUGGGUAUCUUGGAGUAAGAGCAUUUGUUCCAAAACCAGUUGCCACAACCUUGCAAUAUAUUGGAGGAGCAGCUGCAAUUCUGGGAUUGGUUGCUAUGGCAUCAGAUGUUGAAGGACUCUAUGCUGCAGUGAAGGCCUUGGUUUGUGUGGUUAAAAGUAAUCCUCUAGCUAGUAAAGAAAUGGAAAGAAUCAAAGGGUAUCAGCUGUUGGCCAUGCUGCUCAAGAAGAAGCGUUCCCUUUUGAAUAGUCAUAUCCUUCACCUCACAUUCUCUUUGGUGGGGACUGUUGACAGUGGUCACGAAACAUCUAUCAUUCCAAAUUCUACUGCAUUUCAGGAUCUGCUCUGUGAUUUUGAGGUUUGGCUUCAUGCACCAUAUGAGCUACAUUUGUCUUUGUUUGAGCACUUUAUUGAACUGCUUACAGAAUCAAGUGAAGCAGCUAAAAAUGUGAAGCUACUGAGAGAGUUCCAACUUAUCCCCAAAUUACUACUGACUCUGAGAGACUCAUCACUGUCACAGCCUACCAUUACUGCUAUCAGUAAUGUUCUUAGUAUUCUUCUUCAAGGAUUCCCAAAUAGUAAUGAUUUACUCAGGUUUGGCCAGUUUAUUUCAUCCACACUUCCCACUUUUGCAGUUUGUGAGAAAUUUGUAGUAAUGGAAACAAAUAAUGAAGAGAAACUUGAUGGAAGCAAUGAAGAUGAUUUUGGGGGUCUGCUGUCAGCAAACCUGAUUUUACUUAGGAACAGAUUGCUUGACAUCUUAUUGAAACUGCUGUUUACCUCCAAGGAGAAAACUAGUGUUAACAUACAAGCUUGUGAAGAAUUAGUGAAGGUCCUGGGAUUUGAUUGGCUUCUUAAGUUCAUGGAGGAACAUCUGCAUUCUAGCACAGUUACAGCUGCACUAAGGAUCCUUGUUGUUUUGCUCAGCAACCAGUCCAUUCUUACCAAAUUUAAGGAGGGGCUUUGUGGUGGUGGAUGGCUAGAACAGACAGACUCUGUUCUUACAAACAAAAUUGGCACUGUGCUCGGUUUUAAUGUUGGGAGAAGUGCAGGAGGCAGAUCAACAGUUCGAGAGAUUAACCGUGAUGCUUGCCACUUUCCUGGUUUCCCUGUCCUACAAACCUUCCUUCCUAAACAUAUCAAUGUACCUGAGCUUUAUUUUCUACUGAUGGCCCUAUUCCUCCAACAGCCAGUAACAGAAUUACCUGAAAAUUUGCAGGUAAAUGUUAAUUCAGUUGUGAAUGUCAUCACCAUCUUCAAGCAGGAUAUACCUACAUCUUUUGAUCUCGACUCCAUUUGGACCUUUAUUUUUGGAGUUCCUGCUUCCAGUGCCACUGUAGUGGGGUCAAUUCAUAGUGUAUGCACAGAUGCUGCCUAUUUACUACUGGGAAUGCUGAGGAGUAUGCUGAAUAUGCCUUGGCAGUCAGAAGAGGAAGGCUCUUGGCUAAGAGAACAUCCAGUCACACUAAUGCAAUUCUUUCGUUAUCUCUAUCAUAAUGUUCCUGAUCUGUCACCUAUGUGGAUGAGUCCAGACUUUCUUUGUGCUUUAGCAGCAACUGUCUUCCCUUUCAACAUCAGGCCCUAUUCAGAAAUGGUGAGUGAUUUGGAUGAUGAAGUUGGUUCACCAGCUGAAGAGUUUAAAGCAUUUACAGGUGACACUGGCAUGAAUAGGAGCCAGUCUGAAUACUGCAAUGUUGGAGCAAAGACAUAUCUAACAAAUCACCCAGCAAAAAAAUAUGUAUUUGACUUUAUGAGGGUCUUAAUCAUGGACAAUCUGUGUCUGACACCUGCCACAAAGCAAACUCCCAUCAUUGACCUUCUGCUUGAGGCUUCACCUGAAAGGUCAACCAGAACCCAGCAGAAAGAAUUUCAGACAUGUAUAUUAGACAGUGUCAUGGAACAUUUACUAGCAGCUGAUGUUCUGCUGGGAGAAGAUGCCUCGCUACCUAUAACAAGUGGAGGGAGCUACCAGAUUUUGGUCAACAAUGUGUUUUACUUCACUCAGAGAGUUGUGGACAAAUUGUGGCAAGGAAUGUUCAGUAAAGAAGCCAAACUUGUUGUUGAGUUCAUAAUUCAACUGAUUGGACAGUCUAAGAGAAGGUCUCAAGGUUUAUCUCUGGACUCGGUCUACCAUUGUCUGAACAGGACAAUCCUCUACCAGCUGUCAAGGCCACACAAGACUGUCCCUCAGCAAGUGGCUCUCUUAGACUCUCUGCGUGUUCUCACCGUAAACAGAAACCUUAUACUGGGGCCUGGAAACCAUGACCAGGAGUUUAUUGGUUGCCUAGCACACUGCUUUAUCAAUCUCUAUGUUGGAAGCAGUGUUGAUGGCUUUGGCUUGGAGGCAGAAGCAAGAAUGACAACUUGGCACAUCAUGAUGCCCACGGAAGUUGAAUCUGAUGUUCAUAGCCAGGAUGUUAGUGAAGGUCGACAGCUGUUACUGAAAGCAGUAAACCGAGUAUGGGCAGAGUUCAUUCAAAAUAAAAAGCAAGCAAUUGAAGAGAUUUUCAAAGUGCCGCUACCAUCUAAUGAACGGGGACAAGUUGACAUUACAAAUGCUCGGACCCAUAUUGAGGAAGCUUCUGCUAGGAUAUGGCAGAAUUACUUGGCUCAUGAGAAAAAAUGCAUCAGCAGAGGAGAGACAAUUGUUCCUGUGUCCCAGUCAAAGCUUUCUCGAGUCAGCAGUGGAUUUGGCCUUUCAAAGCUAACUGGAUCUAGACGAAAUAGAAAAGAAAGUGGAUUAAAUAAAAAUAAUCUCACAGCCCAGGAGACUUUUCAGUGGAUGUUUACCCAUAUUGCUGUAGUACGGGAUUUGGUGGCCAUGCAGUAUAAGGAGUAUCAAGAACGGCAACAAAAUGCCCUAAAGUAUGUGAUUGAAGAAUGGGCUCAGAUAGAAUAUGAGCUUCUCAGGGAACGGGGCCUAUGGGGUCCACCAAUUGGUUCACAUCUUGACAAAUUUCUGCUUGAGAUGACUGAAGGGCCUUGUCGUAUGAGGAAGAAGAUGGUGCGAAAUGACCUUUUUUACAUUCACUACCCAUAUAUGCCUGAAAGUGAACAGGAGACUAACGUUCUGAAGCCAACACGCUACCGAAGGGCAAUUAGUUAUGACAGCAAAGACUACUACAUGCGUCUCCUGUCUGGAAACCCAGGCAUGUAUCAGCACUCUGUUGGGCAGAGUUCAGAGGGAGAAACCACUCAGCAAGAACCAGAGCAUGGAGAAGACACAAUUGCUAAAGUCAAAGGUUUUGUUAAGCCGCCCCUUAAGCGGUCACGCUCUACAGCAGAUGGUGCAGAUGAGGACAGCCAAGAGCAGCUACAAGACCAGAUUCUAGAGGCUGGCUCUAUUGAUGAGGAGGAGAAGACUGAUAAUACCAUUCUUUUGCGGCUUCUAGAGGAGGGAGAGAAGAUUCAGCAUAUGUACCGAUGUGCCAGAGUUCAAGGGCUUGACACUAGUGAAGGGCUACUGCUGUUUGGUAAAGAGCACUUCUAUGUUAUUGAUGGCUUCACAAUGACAGUUGCCAGAGAGAUCAGGGAUAUUGAUACACUGCCUCAAAAUUUGUAUGAGCCUAUCAUACCAAGAGGAGCUAGGCAAGGUCAGAGUCAACUGAAAAGGACCUACAGCAUUUUUGCUUAUGAAGACAUAAAAGAAGUACACAAGCGAAGGUAUCUCUUACAGCCCAUUGCUGUGGAAGUGUUUUCUGGUGAUGGUAGAAAUUACCUUUUGGCAUUUCAAAAAGGAAUUCGUAAUAAAGUAUAUCAGAGGUUUCUGGCGGUUGUGCCUUCUCUUGCAGACAGUUCAGAAUCUGUUUCUGGGCAAAGACCUAACACCAGUGUGGAGCAAGGCUCUGGACUGCUAAGUACAUUGGUGGGGGAGAAGUCUGUAACACAAAGAUGGGAGAGAGGAGAAAUCAGUAAUUUUCAGUAUUUAAUGCACCUAAACACACUUGCUGGCAGAUCUUACAAUGACCUUAUGCAGUACCCUGUAUUUCCUUGGAUUCUUGCAGAUUACGAUUCAGAGGAGGUCGAUCUUAACAACCCAAAAACAUUCAGAAAUCUUUCAAAACCGAUGGGAGCCCAAACUGAAGACAGGCUUGCCCAGUACAAAAAACGGUUCAAAGACUGGGAGGAUCCCAAUGGUGAAACCCCUGCAUAUCAUUAUGGAACACACUACUCAUCUGCGAUGAUUGUGGCUUCCUACUUGGUUAGAAUGGAACCCUUUACGCAGAUCUUCCUGCGACUUCAGGGUGGCCAUUUUGACCUCGCAGAUAGAAUGUUUCACAGUGUUCGGGAAGCGUGGCUUUCAGCUUCCAAGCAUAACAUGGCAGAUGUUAAAGAGCUUAUUCCCGAGUUUUUCUACCUUCCUGAAUUUCUGCUCAAUUCUAACAAUUUUGAUCUAGGGUUCAAACAGAAUGGUACAAAGUUGGGAGAUGUGAUCCUACCUCCAUGGGCUAAAGGAGAUCCCAGGGAAUUUAUUCGUGUUCAUCGUGAGGCACUAGAAUGUGACUAUGUCAGCACACAUCUACAUGAAUGGAUUGAUUUGAUCUUUGGGUACAAACAGCAGGGUCCUCCAGCAGUGGAGGCAGUGAAUGUCUUCCAUCAUCUCUUUUAUGAGGGCCAAGUCGAUAUCUACAACAUCAAUGACCCUCUAAAGGAGACAGCCACAAUAGGAUUCAUUAACAAUUUUGGCCAAAUACCAAAGCAGCUUUUUAAAAAGCCUCAUCCACCAAAGCGGGUUCGGAGCAGAUCCAAUGGAGAGGUUCCUGGUUUGCCUGCUCAGAUAGGCUCUGUUGGAUAUAAGAUUUUCUUCCAUCAUUUAGAUAACUUAAGACCAUCACUCACCCCUGUAAAAGAACUAAAAGACCCGGUGGGACAGAUUGUCUGCACGGAUAAAGGAAUUCUAGCUGUUGAACAAAAUAAGGUGCUCAUACCUCCUGCAUGGAACAAAACCUUUGCCUGGGGAUAUGCAGACCUCAGCUGCAGGCAGGCAAAUUAUGAAUCAGAUAAGGCAGUCACUGUUUAUGAGUGCUUGUCGGAAUGGGGUCAGAUCCUAUGUGCUAUUUGCCCAAAUCCAAAACUGGUCAUCACAGGAGGGACGAGCACUGCCAUCUGUGUCUGGGAAAUGGGAACUUCAAAAGAGAGAGCAAAAAUGUUAACAUUAAAACAGGCCCUGCUGGGACACACAGAUGCGAUCACAUGUUUGACAGCCUCAUCUGCAUAUCACAUAAUUGUCAGUGGAUCUCGCGACCGGACCUGUAUCAUCUGGGAUCUAAAUAAAUUGUCCUUUGUGACCCAGCUGAGAGGCCACAGGGCACCAGUCUCAGCACUUUGUAUAAAUGAAUUAACAGGAGAUAUUGUGUCAUGUGCUGGGACAUACAUCCAUGUGUGGAGCAUCAAUGGAAGUCCUGUUGUGAGCGUGAACACAUUUACAGGAAAGAACCAGCAAAUCUUGUGUUGCUGUGUGUCUGAGAUGAAUGAAUGGGACACCCAGAAUGUUAUAUUAACAGGACACUCAGAUGGAGUUGUGCGGUUUUGGAGGAUGGAGUUUUUGCAAGUGCCGGAGACACCGGCCCCUGAGCCAGCUGAGAUUCCAGAUAUGCCUGACUGCUGCUCAGAGGACAAGUUAGAGGGAAGAGAUGCUGCAGACGAUGAAAGCAGUGACUCUGAUGGAGAUGAGCAGAGCCUCAACCAAGAGCCCAAAGCACAGUCAACCCAAAGUGAAUCUGGCAGUGCUGUACACAGACCUAAAGGCUCAGUGGGAAGGCACGGGACCUCCUGGUCAGGAGACAGUGGAUCAGAUGACUCUCGGCGAUGGUCAGACAACCUCAGCUCGGAUGAAAAAGAUGGAUUUGUCUUCAUAUACUACUCAGAUGGUCAGAUCAGGGUUCCAGUGCAGUCCCACAUGCAGUCAGUACCUCCAAGUACUGUGCAUCCUCCAUCACAGAGUCAGCCUCUUCAGCCUUGCCCAGCAGAGACCAGACCCUACAACCGACUCAAACCAGGCUAUCGAUGGGAACGUCAGCUUGUCUUCAGAAGUAAACUGACUAUGCACACUGCUUUUGAACGCAAGGAUAAUUCCCACCCUGCUGAGAUCACAGCUAUCGCCAUAUCCAAGGAUCAUAAUAAAAUUUUGGUGGGUGACAACCGGGGCCGAGUGUUUAGCUGGUCAGUAAGUGACCAACCUGGCCGUUCAGCUGCUGACCACUGGGUCAAGGAUGAGGGAGGUGACAACUGCUCUGGAUGCUCCGUGCGAUUCUCCCUGACUGAGCGGCGCCAUCACUGCAGGAACUGCGGGCAACUCUUUUGUCAGAAAUGCAGCAGGUUUCAGUCCGAAAUCAAGCGCUUGAAGAUCUCGUCCCCCGUUCGUGUGUGUCAGAACUGCUAUUACAACUUACAGCAUGAACGCGGCUCAGACGAGAGCUCCAGGAACUAGCGGCAUCCCCUCAACUCGCGGAAUUAUCAGACCCUGCGGCAGUGAGAAGGGCCGGCAAAGCCAAGGCAUUAAGUCUUCACCUGCGUCUUUUUUGUACUGUGUAUAAAGCACUGAUUUAGUAAAAGGGAUCACUAAAUGCAUUCGCCGUUCCUUUGCUUCUGUUCUGUAGAUGUGCAGAGCGACUGAGGGGUCGGUGGCGUAGAGCGAUGAUCAGUUUGUACUUUUCUUUGUUUCCUCCCUCACUAUUUCUGCUUUUCUUUUGCUGUCAAACCUUAACUAAAUGUCUUCAAAGCAACACUGGCUUUUUAGAUUUUAGAUAUGCAGUACCUCCUUAAACAAUGUUUAUAUUGUAAAUACGUACAAUGGCCUUUUUAACUAGACAAACUUAAUGAUUUAGUACAUUGUAACUGAACACAUUUUCUUUGAACAAUAUCUGUAUAAUAAUCCAAGUCGCGCUGAUUUCUCUCUGGGUGGGUGCUUAUGAAUGUCGACCUGUUACUUAGAGCACUCUCGUCACUGCGGUUGAAGAUUAUUUUUUACCUGGAACAAUUUGAGUCUUUGCUUGAAUUCUCCGUUGCCCACGGCAUUCCAUUUUUAAUUUUUUUCCAACUCCUCUUUUUGUAGAAUAUAUUUUAACUGCGUUUGCAAACUAGACGGUAUCGAGUCCAAACUGCAACUUGUUGGUGCACUAUUUAAGAGUUUUUAUUGCAGUUUAUAAUUCCUGUUUGUGUCAUUGGAGGACAGUGUUCUUUUAAGUAUUAUUUGCUGCUUUUGUAACAAGAUCCAGACUAUUACUUUCCCGUCGUGUGUCCCACACCUGCAGCACUGUCCGGCCUCCACAACGCAUUAUUUGCUGAAGCUCGAUCUGCAGACGAAACGAAACGUUGCAAACCACGGAGGCUCACCUUCCAUCUUCCCAAGGACUCUCUUGUUUGUACAACUCCUGCGAGAUUUGCACAAAUGUCAGUGUGUACGUUCGCCGAGCGCGCCGCCGCCACGUUGAUUAUUCCGUUGGGCGGUGGUGGUACCGCACUUCAUGACACGUCCGCUCCUAAGAGGCUCCUCCUUUUGUUUGUUUCACCACGGACCCCAAUUAGGACGGCACAAAAGCCCCCCUCGCUUUCAGUACAAACCACACGAGGGCGCUCUUUCACCGAGCCCAUGCACUUUGGAGUGUAGCGGCCGAUUUCAAAAUCGAAAACAUGCACUUUUUUCCGUUUAAACUUUGUUGAAAUGAGUCCCGUUUGGUGUCCUGAUGUUUCUCGGACUGUUUCUAGCUGCAGUAUUAAAAAGUGAGCGCAGUUUCAUACGUCUAUUGGGGAACAAAAAGCCGCCGCCGUAAUGUCAUGAACCUGCCUGUUUGAAGACGUUGACGUUGCCUUAGCAGUUCUUGUUCAGAGCUCGGGUCGUGGCGCCAUCGACACUGACAAUCUCCUCCUGCUGUGGGCCGCUCUCAUUCUCUUCAACGCUGCUUCAACCUUCGGAGUGUUUGGUUUGAGUUUAGCGCUGUUUGGAUUAGCGAUGCCAGGUUCUCCGUCAGUAACUGGGUGGGCAGACAGACAGACAGACAGACGACGCCGUAUCCCCCUCCUCAUGUACUGUAUGUAUAUGUAGUGUGCAAUCACAGAGGCUGUCCGCCCGCCCGCCGGCCCGUGGCAGCGCCCACAAACUUCAGAUUCAUUUUAAACUUUGUGUUUCUCUUUUGUUGCACCUUGUUGUGUAUAAACUGCUAAGAUCCUUUAUGUGCUGUAAUGAUUUGAAGGAAAUAUGUCUCUACAGUGAACAAACUGUAUAAAGUAUUUAUGCAACUAUAAUAAUUUUGAACUACUACUUUUUUAUUUCAGCAAGUUUUGUUACUUGUUGCAUGAAUCUUAAUUAACACAGCUGACUUUUUGUGUCAGUGCUAUGUAUAUGUUUUUGUUUUUUUGGUUUUGUUUGUUUAUCUUCAUUUGUUCUUCUCCGUUUCUUUCAUGAGGCAUUAACUAAUAAUCCAUUACGUGUACAGCAAUGAAAUGAAAACUGGAAACCUGACAGAACUCAAGUGGAAUUUUGUACAAUAUAUGAAAAAAGAAAAAAAACCUGUAAAUUCUUGGGUCAAUAUUUGGUGGUCUUGUGCUAGACUGAUGCAUUCUGACAGUGCCUAGCGUGCAAUAUGUGAUAGCUGAAUGUUCAAUGUAUACUUGUCUUCAGUGCAACAACUGAAAAGUAGAUUAACCCAAAAAAGCCAACUAUGUAACUAUAAUGCAAUAGUUCUGGUACUAAACGUUUUUCAUUUCAAUUAAAUACCUGCUAUUUACCACC